AUGUUUCUAGAUUUUGUUGGAGAUCAAUAUAGUGCAUACAACCCGUUCCCGGUGCCUGACGAUGAUCCACUCGAUGAGUGUACUUCCGGAUCUCAUGGUACUCAUGUUGCUGGAAUCAUUGCUGCUAAUGCCACAGGAAUGUCCCAAACAGGUUUCAUUCCAAUCGCACCCUUCUUCGGUGUCGCUCCUCAGGCAACUCUUGGUGCAUAUCGUAUCUUUGGAUGCGCUGGAGAUACAACUGGCUCAGGUACAUAUAAGCAUGAACAAAAAUAUUUUGCUAAAAGUGUUCUUUGUCUUUACAAUAUUUCUUCUCAACAUAUUUCUAGAUGUCAUGACUGCGGCAAUCUUUCGCGCUUUCGACGAUAA